GGGAGGGUCCAUCAGUCCGGAGCGCUGACAGCUGAGCCUGCCUGUCUGUCCGUCCGGCUGCCUGUCUGUCUCUCCACCUGCCGGCCUGCCUGUCCGUCUGUCCGUCUGUCUGUCUGCGGGUGGAGGGCUCCAGCAGCGGGAGGAUGCUCUCCUCCUGCCGGGAAUCAGGACUUCCCUCCCGCGUCCUCCGGCCGGGAUGCUGCGGUGUGAACCCGGGGCUGCGCUCCUCCGCUGCCCGCUGAAGUUGCCUCCUCUGCGGGGAUUAAACUGGUGCUCGUGCCGCUGCCUCCGCUCGGCUCUCUCCGGAACUACCCGAUCAUCUGACAGAGGGAAUAAUCCGCCUCUGUGGUUCUGAGGUUCUGGGUGUUUUCUGUCCUCUGGACUCUGCUGGAUGUUCCUCACGCACAGAUUUGUGAAUGGGUCUGUGAGCCGCCGCACGUCCAACGCUCCUGUGCGUUAUUGCGCGGAGGUGAUGAUGUGAACGCACCGGGGAACCGGAGCGAGGCUGCGGGGAACCGCGGCCGAGGAUUAGCGAGAGGAGGGAUUAUAUUUCCAGGAGCUGAAGCUCCAUCAGCGGCGAGGCUUUUGUUUCAUGGUGGGUUUGAUUCUUUUAUUUAUUUCUUUAUUUUUUGGACAGAACUUUCCAGACGCGUCCGGAUGUUUCCUGUUUCUGUUUCUCCAUCCUCUGUUUGAAAUCAUCCUGUAAUGUCUGCAGGUGGACAACAGAACCAGAAUGUUCUGAUCAGGACUGAGGACCACAGAUGUGUUCGGACCGAAUCAGAGUGAAAAAGUUCAUGUGGCGUCUGAGCUGAGCUUCAAACUGUGUAGAGGACAAACACGCUGAUGAAGAAGAUGAAGAUGAUGAAGCUGCUCAGCGGAUGAUCAGUUAAAUCAGAACUUUAUCAACCCUGCUGAGGUCCGAUCACUGAUCAAUAUCUGUUAAACACCAGGAGAAGUUUGUUUGUGUGUAAAAAUACACAAACUGUUUCAGGAUUCACUUUGUGACCAGUCAGAACUAUUAAACAUCAUAUUUUAAUUUACUGACAGAUUAAAAAUUUCAUCAGAUGAAUUCAGGUGAUUGAUCAGGAUCAGCGAUGAACUCCAAUCGAUGGAUUCGUCUUUAAAUCGUGCGGACAGAAUCGGUGAUAACGAUAUUUUCACGACAUCGACUCAGAAUCUGAACCGACUUCCUGUGUUUCGUCUCUUUGUUGGCAGAUUUUCCACCUGAAGAAGACGAAGACUUCCAUCAACAUGUCGAUCAUCUGCAGGAUCUCAUCACACGGAUCAAUAUUUCUGUCUUUAACAUCUCGGUGAUCGUCGAUAUCGAUUCGUCCGGACUGUAUUUGCAUCAUGUCGACUUCUGUGACGUCUUUGUUUCGUACUUUGAAGGAAAAGAAGAAGAAAUGAAGCACGAAGAUUCAAACAAACAUUAAAAAUCAUGUUUUUAUAAAAACAAACCGUCAUCUAAUCAAUAACUGUUCACCAGUCGAUCAUCUGAUAACCGAUCUGUUCUGGGCCGGAGGAGCAGAAGAACCGAGCGGACACGCCGUCCCGUCAGAUGAGUGAGCAUGUCGGACCGGAGCGCCCCGGGCUGCCGGCUCAGACUGGACUGGGUCUACGGGUACCGGGGCCACCAGUGCCGGAAUAACCUGUACUACACCGCCGGGAAGGAGGUGGUGUACUUCGUGGCCGGAGUGGGCGUGGUCUACAACACCAGGGAGCACAGCCAGAAGUUCUACCUGGGACACAACGAUGACAUCAUCAGCCUGGCGUUGCACCCUGAGCGCUCCCUGGUGGCGACCGGUCAGGUGGGGAAGGAUCCGUAUGUGUGUGUGUGGGACUCGUUCUGUGUGCAGACUGUCUCUCUGCUGCGUGACGGACACACACACGGCAUCGCCUGCCUCACAUUCAGCUCAGACGGACAGCGUCUGGCCUCGGUCGGCCUGGACGCCAAGAACACGGUGUGUAUCUGGGAGUGGAAGAGAGGGAAGAUCCUGGCGACCGCCACCGGACACUCGGACCGGAUCUUUGAUAUCUGCUGGGAUCCGUUUCAGCAGAACCGCCUGGUGAGCUGUGGCGUGAAGCACAUCAAGUUCUGGUCUCUGUGUGGGAACGCUCUCACUCCAAAGAGAGGGAUCUUCGGGAAGACCGGCGACCUGCAGACCAUCCUGUGUGUCGCGGCGGCUAAAGAUGACAUCACGUACUCGGGGGCGCUCAACGGAGACAUUUACGUGUGGAGGGGUCUCAAUCUGAUACGGACAGUUCAGGCUGCGCACGGGGCGGGGAUCUUCAGCAUGUACUCCUGCGAGGAGGGUUUUGCCACCGGAGGUCGAGACGGCUGCGUCCGACUUUGGGACGUCGACUUCAAACCGAUCACCAAGAUCGACCUGCGCGAGGCCGAGCAGGGAUACAAAGGUCUGUCUAUUCGCAGCGUCUGCUGGCGAGCCGACCGGAUCCUGGCAGGAACGCAGGACAGCGAGAUCUUUGAGGUGAUGGUGAGGGAUCGGGACAAGCCGCUGCUCAUCAUGCAGGGUCACAGCGAGGGCGAGCUCUGGGCGCUCGACGUUCACCCCAAAAAACCUCUGGCUGUCACCGGCAGCGACGACCGCUCCGUCAGGUUGUGGAGUCUGGUGGAUCACGCCCUCAUCGCUCGCUGCAACAUGGAGGAGGCGGUGCGGAGCGUCGCGUUCAGCGUGGACGGAUACCAGCUGGCUCUGGGCAUGAAGGACGGAUCCUUCACCGUGCUGAGAGUCAGAGACAUGACGGAGGUCGUCCACAUCAAGGACAGGAAGGAGGUGAUCCACGAGAUGAAGUUCUCUCCGGACGGAGCGUACCUCGCUGUCGGCUCCAACGACGGGCUGGUGGACGUCUACGCUGUCGCCCAGAGAUACAAGAAGGUGGGCGAGUGCUGUAAGUCCAGCAGCUUCAUCACACACCUGGACUGGACCCAGGACAGCAAAAUCCUGCAGACCAACGACGGAGCAGGAGAACGUCUCUUCUACCGAAUGCCCAUGGGGAAGCCGGUGGUCAGUAAGGACGAGGUGAAGGGUCAGUGCUGGGCGUCCUGGAGCGGCGUCCUGGGCCCAGAGGUCAGCGGCAUCUGGCCCAAAUACUCAAAUCUGACCGAGAUCAACGCCGUGGACGCCAAUCACGCCGCCGCCGUGCUCGUUACCGGAGACGACCUGGGCCUCGUCAAGCUGUACCGCUUCCCCUGUCUGAGGAAAGGAGCCAAAUUCAAGAAGUACAUCGGUCACUCGGCUCACGUGACCAACGUCCGCUGGUCACAUGACCUGCAGUGGGUUCUGACCACGGGCGGGGCCGACCACGCCCUCUUCCAGUGGAGGUUUCUACCCGAGUCGGUGAUGAACGGAGGACUGGACAUCAACGUACCGGACAGCCAUGGAGACUCCAACAGCGAGGAGUCGGACAGCGACGUGUCCGACGUCCCCGAGCUCGACUCCGACAUCGAGCAGGAAACACAGAUCAACUACGACAGACAGGUGUAUAAGGAGGACCUGCCUCAGCUGCGACAGCAGAGCAGAGAGAAGAAGCAGCAGGUCGGCUCUCUGAAGAGGCAGCGAGGACCUGAUCAGGGCCUCCGGCUGCAGUUUGUUCACGGGUACCGUGGGUACGACUGCAGGAACAACCUCUUCUACACUCAGGGCGGGGAGGUGUUGUACCACGUGGCGGCGGUGGGCGUGGUCUACAACCGACAGCUGCACAGUCAGCGCUUCUACCUCGGCCAUGACGACGACAUCCUGAGCCUCAGCAUCCACCCACUGAAGGACUAUACUGCCACGGGACAGGUGGGGAGAGACCCGGCCAUCCAUGUGUGGGACAUCCAGACUCUGAAGUGUCUCUCUUUGCUCAAAGGCUUCCACCACAGAGGAGUGUGUGCUCUGGACUUCUCAGCUGAUGGAAAGAGUCUGGUGUCGGUGGGAGUCGAUGACGGACACUCGAUCGUCGUCUGGGACUGGAAGAGAGGAGAGAAGCUCGCGACUGCCAGGGGUCACAAGGAGAAGAUCUUCGUGGUGAAGUGUAAUCCUCUGCUGACGGACAAACUGGUGACUGUGGGAAUCAAACACAUCCAGUUCUGGCAGCACGCAGGUGGCGGUCUGACCUUCAGGCGUGGUGUGUUCAGGAGCAUCGGCCGUCCGGAGACGAUGAUGUCGGUGUGUUACGGCCGCAGCGAGGGGCUGGUGUUCUCCGGCGCCGCCACCGGAGACGUUUACAUCUGGAAGGAACCGCUGCUGCUGAAAACAGUCAAAGCCCACGACGGACCGGUGUUCGCCAUGUUCUCCCUCGACAAGGGCUUUGUGACGGGCGGGAAGGACGGCGUGGUGGAGCUGUGGGACGACAUGUUCGACCGCUGUCUGAAGACGUACGCCAUCAAGAGAGCAGCGCUGUCCCCAGGCUCGAAAGGCCUGCUGCUGGAGGACAACCCGUCCAUCAGAGCCAUCACUCUGGGUCACGGUCACAUCCUGGUGGGAACCAAAAACGGAGAAGUUCUGGAGAUCGACAAGACCGGACCGAUGACCCUGCUGGUGCAGGGUCACAUGGAGGGUGAGGUCUGGGGUCUGGCUCCUCACCCCCUCCUCCCCGUCUGUGCCACCGUCAGCGACGAUAAAACUCUGCGUCUGUGGGAGACGUCAGCCAAUCACCGCAUGGUGGCCGUCCGCAAGCUGAAGAGAGGCGGUCGCUGCUGCGCCUUCUCCCCUGAUGGGAAGGCGUUGGCGGUCGGUCUGAGCGACGGCGGCGUGCUGGUGGUGAACGCAGACACGCUGGAGGAUCUGCUGAGCUUCCACCACCGCCGUGACGCCAUCUCUGACGUCCGCUUCACUCCAGAUUCGGGUAAGUUCCUGGCGGUGGCGUCACACGACAGCUUCGUGGACAUCUACAACGUGCUGACCAGUAAGAGAGUCGGCGUCUGUAAAGGAGCGACCAGCUACAUCACACACAUCGACUGGGACGCUCGAGGUAAACUGCUUCAGGUGAACACAGGAGCCAAAGAACAGCUGUUGUUUGAAGCCCCGAGAGGAAAGAGGCAAACCAUCAGAAACUCUGAGCUGGAGCGGGUCGACUGGGCCAGCUGGACCUGUGUUCUGGGCUCCAGCUGUGAUGGAAUAUGGCCGACGCACAGCGACAUCACCGACAUCAAUGCGGCGUCACUCACCAGAGACCAAACGCUGCUCGCGACCGGUGACGACUUCGGCUUCCUCAAACUGUUCAGCUACCCUGCUCGAGGUCAGUAUGCUCGUUUUAAGCGUUACGUGGGCCACAGCGCCCAGGUGACCAACGUCCGCUGGGCUCAGGACGACUCUACCCUGCUCACGGUGGGCGGGGCCGACACCGCCCUGAUGAUCUGGGCCAGGGAGCGAGGAGGUGGAGUCAGCGUGGAGGGGGACGGGCCUUUGUGUCGUGACAACCGACCGCUGGUGGACAGCGAGGAGUCUGAUGACGACAUCGAGGAGGAUGGAGGCUACGACAGUGACGUUGCCCGCGAGAAGACGGUGGAUUAUACCACAAAGAUGUACGCCAGCAGCAUCCGAGAGAUGAGAGGGACCAAACCUCACCAACAGCUGAAGGAGCUUUCUGCUGAGGAGAGGCAGGGCAUUGUCAAGCCUCCAGUGAGUCGAGCAGCACCGCAGCCGGAGAAACUCCAGAAAAACAACGUGUCCAAGAAGAAGAGGCUAGUCGAGGACCUGGUUUUGGAUCAUGUCUUUGGUUUUCGGGGCUACGAUUGUCGCAACAACCUGCACUACCUCAACGACGGCACAGAUAUCGUCUACCACACUGCCGCCACCGCCAUCGUCCACAGUCUCAGCACUGGAACUCAGAGUUUCUACCUGGAGCACACAGACGACAUCCUCUCUCUGACCGUCAACCAGCAUCCCAAAUACAAAAACAUCAUCGCCACGGGACAGAUCGGUGACGUCAGUGAACUCCCAGGCACCACACCUUCCAUCCACGUGUGGGACGCCAUGAGUAAACAGACGCUGUCCAUCCUUCGCUGUCCGCACACGAAAGGCGUCGGCUACGUAAACUUCAGCGCCACGGGGAAGCUGCUGCUGUCGGUGGGAGUGGAGCCCGAACACACCAUCACUGUGUGGCGCUGGCAGGAAGGAUCUAAGGUGUGCAGUAAAGCUGGACACCCGGACCGGAUCUUUGUGGUGGAGUUUCGUCCGGACUCUGACUCUCAGUUUGUGUCGGUGGGAAUCAAACACGUGAAGUUCUGGACGCUGGCUGGCGGCGCUCUGAUGUACAAGAAGGGCGUGGUGGGAACGGUGGAGGACGGCAGGAUGCAGACGAUGCUGUCUGUCGCCUUCGGUGCUAAUAACUUGACGUUCACCGGAGCCAUUAACGGCGACGUGUACGUGUGGCGGGAUCACUACCUGCUGAGGGUGGUGGCGAAGGCUCACACCGGACCGGUCUUCACCAUGUACACCACGCUGAGGGACGGACUCAUCGUCACCGGCGGCAAGGAGAGGCCGACGAAGGAGGGCGGGGCCGUGAAGCUCUGGGACCAAGAGAUGAAACGCUGUCGAGCGUUCCAGCUGGAGACGGGACAGCAGGUGGAGUGCGUCCGAUCUGUCUGCAGAGGAAAGGGUAAGAUCCUGGUGGGGACGAAGGAUGGCGAGAUCAUCGAGGUCGGGGAGAAGAACGCGGCGUCCAACCUGCUGCUGGACAGUCACGCUCGGGGAGGAAUCUGGGGUCUGACUGCUCAUCCUGCUAAAGAUCUCUGCAUCACCGCCAGUGACGACGCCACCAUCCGACUGUGGGACCUCACUGACAAGAAACUGCUGAACAAAGUGUGUGUCGGUCACGCAGCCCGGUGUGUGAGCUACAGUGCAGACGGAGAGAUGCUGGCGGUGGGGAUGAAGAACGGCGAGUUCCUCCUCCUCCUCGCCAACUCGUUGAAGAUGUGGGCAAAGAAACGAGACCGCAGCGCCGCCAUCCAGGACAUCCGGUUCAGUCCGGACCGGCGGCUGCUGGCGGUCGGUUCUGUGGAGAGCACAGUGGAUGUUUACGAUGUGAGCGGAGGUCCGAGUCUGAACCGGAUCGUGUACUGCAGCGACAUCCCGGCUUUCAUCCUGCAGCUCGACUUCUCUGCUGACAGCUGCUAUAUACAGGUGUCCACAGGAGUCUAUAAGCGACAGGUGUUCGAGCUUCCGUCAGCGAAGUUGGUGAGUGACCAGACCAUCAUCGACAGAAUCACCUGGGCAACCUGGACCAGCAUUCUGGGAGAUGAAGUUUUGGGGAUUUGGCCACGAAAUGCUGACAAAGCUGAAGUCAACUGUGCGUGUGUGUCUCACGCCGGCCUGAACGUUGCCACCGGCGACGACUUCGGACUCGUCAAACUGUUCGACUUCCCCUGCACAGAGAAAUUUGCCAAACACAAGCGCUACCUCGGCCACUCGGUGCACGUGACCAACAUCCGCUUCUCCCAUGAAGACAAACACGUGAUCAGCACAGGAGGAGACGACUGCAGCGUGUUUGUGUGGAAAUGCCUGUAAACACACAGAUUUCUGCCGCCCAGUGACGCUUUUAUCCAAAGCGCCUUAACAGCACCUCAAGUGGACCCAGAGGGACUCGAACCCACAACCUGAACGUCUGUUUGUUAGACAGCUGGAGGAAGACUUCCUGCUCUCAAAGCCGCUUCAGAGACGAGAUGUUCAGAUUCUGUUCUGGUUGGCUUCAAACUACAGACGCUUGAGACACUUGAUGAUGGAUCACAUGACGGGAAGGAACCCGAAGAACCUGAAGAACCAUCAUCACAACCUUCAUCAGAUUGUUUUUCUUGUUCUGAACCAGAAAAUAAUCCGAUCCAUAUUCAUUUAUAAUUUUUAAAAACAACAACAGUUGGUCAAGUGAACUCAGCGACUCUUGACUGGAAAGAAAACCUUUUUUAAAAGUUCUUUUGGAUUCACUACUGUGCAGUUAGAGGCCAACCAGGAAGUCAUGAGACUCGCUGUCUCAGCACUGUUUGUGUUGUGUUCGUGUCCUCGGGUCGUUUAAACAUCGGACUCCUGGUUUCAACUCUUCACACACGUCUUAUUAAAGCUGCUGAUGCUGCGUUCAGGUCACCAUCAGAAAAACAGCAACAUUCAAGUGGAAAAAGUGACGUUGACAGAAUGUUUCAUCACAAACUAAACUGACGGGAGCAUUUAAAGGACAAUCUGUAAGACACUGAUUCAUAAGUGAUCUGAUCAAACUGUUGGUGGAUCACUCAGGAGGUUCUGGACUCAGGACGCUCUGUACUGACGAGGUUCUGGACCGGGAGAGAAGAUGCUCUGAUGCUGAAAUGCUGUAAAGUUUUUCUGAAACUGAGAAGAGAAACUUGACAUUUGAUUUCAAAUCACUUUUCAUUUCAAAGAGCCUUUACUGUAUCUGUCGUAGGAUAUCAUCACACUGAAGUGCCUUUCUGGAACUUUCUACCUGUGUUUGUUUGUUUUCUUCAUAAUCGGGGUGAUGGGGAUAUUUCAUACAAUGAAUCUUUUUUUCAUUUAAUCCAUAAUUGAUUUUAUUUUGUACUCGGUCUGGUGCUACACUGAGAAUGUUCAAACUUUGAUUCACCCACAAAGAAAGGAAACAAAAGAAAUGAACAUUUUCUUUGCUGCUGCUUUUUGUUUUAGAGGCGUGAAACAUCCAAAGCAUCGUGAUCGUAACACAACACAGGACAUCUGAGGAUGUCAGGAGGAACAUUUACAGAAAUAUCUAAAUGUUAUUUAUGCCUAAUCUACCGUGUGGAUGAGCUUCCUGUGCCGGAGCUGUUGAAUAUUAACUGUUGUGAAAAGUGUCUAAAGAGUCUGUUUGUGUGAAGAUGAAAACAAUUCAAUCUAAUUUGUUGGCUCGGUCGCCGUCGACACAUCGACAGUCUCCAUCCUUGAAGUAAUCACUUAAGCUUGACUGCUUCUGUGCCCAAAAAUAACAUUUUAAAAACAUCACAGCCGGGAGGAAAAACAGCAGAAGAUCAGUGGUAAAAUAAAUCUUACACGUUACGUCAAAUUAAAGAUGAUCCUCAGAGAGACCGCAUGUAAAAUAUGGCCAGAAUUUAAAUGUCACUCCAAAAUGAAAGAGGGCAGCAUUUCAUCAGAGUCACCAACAGCUGCUGCUGUCCGCUAACCGCUUCUUUGCUGUAGCUAGCUACCAUUAGCUAAUUAGCUCACUGCUCAGUUAGUGGUGGAGACAGUGGCCGUGGAGUUAGCCUGGACCAGGACUUUGGACUUGGGGGGAUCUGAAGUGGACGUUAGACUGGGACUGAACUCGGCCUCUGAGAGCAACGGAGGUCAGUGUGAAGACAGGGGACAAGCUACAGAGGUGAUUUACAGCAGUCUGACCAGGUGAGAAGACACGUCAGGCGGGGACAACAUCUCCACCUUGCUGUGAACUGAGGAUUUAUUUGGACUGAGCCAGCGGAGACUGUGGAGACAAACCAGAACUGUUCUGGUGUCUCUGACUCUGUUCAGUUUGAAUGAAGUGAGUUUGACGAUGAGUUAACAAGGAGAUUAAACUGGUCUGAGUUCAGUCAGAGACAGAAACUUAUUAGACUCAGUAUUGAACUGGCUGCUUUUACAUCUCCAGCUGAAACUUCAGGAUGUCACUGUUAUAGAGAGCCGUGAGGAGGCUAGCUGGUUAGCACGCUAACUUCAGUAGACACCUCUGCAACACAGAACAGAGACGUGUUCGACGUUGUUUCUUCACCUCAUUUUUAAAAUACGUAGAAAGACAUUAUAAUUCUGGCCAUAUCUUACAAAUCUUCCCUUUAAAAGGAUCAUACCAUGUAUUUUUCUGCAGAUUUUAGUCCAUAAACUUGAGAUAAAGAGUUUCUUUUAAAACUGAAGUAUUGACACACACGUCCCCUCCAGCCUGCCAUAGCUUAAAACAAGGAUUUUAAGAUUAUUAAAAACAUUGAAUUUGAUCUUCGUUCCUGUAAUCUAGAGAGGAGAAAUGACGAAUGAGUUGAUCUUCAUGUUUACUAGCGAACAGUCUGAUGCACGAGCUGUUUGUGCAGAGUGCAUGUGUGAUGUAGUCGCAGAUACUACCGUAAAAACAGAAGAAGACAAGAAACGUCCACAAAAAAAGAGAAAUAAAUGUUGCACUUGUUGAAGAUGUAAAAUGCUGCACUGAGAUCAGUUUUGGUUUGUAAAUGUUUCUCUGUGUUCAGGCUGUCAGACUGUGUCGCUCCUCUGUUGUCACAUGAUCUGUAUCAUACUGUACAUGGAAAUAUAAAUGAUGCUCAGAUGCAUGAAUUUAUUUUUAAACCAAAACCUGUUGGUGUAUGAUUGAUGAGAUUUUAUGGUGCGCUUUAGUUGUUUUAUUUUAUACCGAAGUGUGUGUGUGUGCGUGUGCGUGUGUGUUCAUGUACAAACUGAUUAAAUGAGACUUGUGCAAGAAAA